AAGUAACAUAACCCAGUAUAAAAAGGUUUGUAAACAAACCCAGUUAUAACAGAAGUCACCUACACUACAAGAAAACACUGAGAGACCCAAAAAGCUCUAUUCCCCUGAAAAAAUGGAGGACACUAACCCAAUGCUAAUGAAAGAAGAAGUUUCAAACUAUAACAAUAACAGUAAAUUGCCAGAAAGCCCAAGAUUACCCAUGGAAUUUCUAUCAAGAUCAUGGAGUUUACCAGCUCUUCAACUCUCAAAGGCUCUUUCACAUUCUCUUCCUUCUUUUGUUUCCAAAACUGUUACUUCCUGUGCUACUCCUCCUAUUCUUGAAGAAGAAGAUCAUUCUUCCCUUUUUUCUGGUGAACCAGAAGAUCAUAAAAAGCUCAUUUCUGGAAAUUCCUUCUCUUUUGCUUCCUCUGCUACCUCCCAACUUGUUCUUGAGCGCAUUAUGUCUCAAUCUGAAGUGUCACCAAUGACAUCAGGAAGACCAUCAUGUAGUGAGCCACCAAAUGGAAUAGGAGGCCAAAGUUUCUCUGCUUCUUCUCUUACUGCUGAAAUGUUUGACAGCCCUACCGAUUCUAUUUCACCUCCUGUGGAAUUUGAUAAGUACCUGAAUACCAGCAGUACACCACAACCUCUACUACCCCCCAUCCGUGUGGGUCCCAGAAGUGGUGGAACCACACCGUGUGCUGGGGGUUCUGUUGGGAGUAAGACAGUAGGGAGGUGGCUGAAGGAGAGGCGAGAGAAGAAGAAAGAGGAGUUGCGAGUGCACAAUGCACAGGUUCAUGCAGCAGUUUCUGUGGCUGCAGUUGCUGCAGCAGUGGCAGCUACAGCAGCUGCAACUGCUGCAGCAUCCGGGUCAUCUGGGAAGGACGAACAGGCAGAGCAGACAGAUAUGGCAAUGGCUUCAGCUGCCACUUUGGUGGCUGCACGGUGUGUGGAGGCGGCUGAGGCAAUGGGAGCUGAGAGAGAACACUUGGCUACUGUUAUAAGCUCUGCUGUUAAUGUGCAGUCUCAUGGUGAUAUCAUGACUCUCACUGCUGCGGCUGCAACAGCUUUAAGAGGAGCAGCAACACUGAAGGCAAGGACAGCUAAAGAAGUAUGUAGUAUAGCAGCUGUUUUACCCGUUGAAAAAGGUUUCAAAGGUGAGAAUAAGCAUAGUCGCAAUGGCAGCUACAAUGGCGAAGCUAACAUACAAGGUGAAAACUUUCUUGGUUUAUGUAAUGAAGAGCUCCUUGCCAGGGGUGCUGAGCUUCUUAAGCGCACUCGAACAGGUGAGUUUCACUGGAAGAUAGUCUCAGUUUACAUGGAUAAAACAGACCAGGUGGUGCUCAAAAUGAAGAGUAGACAUGUAGCAGGAACAUAUACCAAGAAGAAGAAAAAGGUGUUAAUGGAAGUGUGCAAAGACAUUCCAGUAUGGCCUGAGAGGCGGUCCAUUGAAAUAGGAGGAGAAGCACGGCGUUACUUUGGGCUAAAGACGGCCACACAUAGAGUAAUAGAGUUUGAGUGUAAGAGUCAGCAGGAAUAUGAUAUUUGGACUCAGGGUGUCUCAAAGCUCCUCUCCUUGGUCAAUGAGAAGAAGAAAACCAAUUCAUGUCCAAGAAACAAUAUGUACUGGAAUUAGGAGGAUGAACUUAAAAUAUAACGGCAUAUACAGAUAUAGAGUAAGUUGAUUUGGACAUAACUUUUUGCCUUUUCUGAUAAUGUUUAUAAAUGUAAUCCAAGUUUAUGGGAAGGCAAGGAUAAAUUUUCAGGUGUCCUAAACCCUCUCUUUGAAAAUCCAUGUUAAUCUUUUAAAUAUGGUCAUUUUGUUUUUGUGGGCUGGGUCAGUGUGGGUUGUGUCAAACGGUCGAACCAAGUUGACGGGUGAGGAGCUCGAACCACGACUAGUUCAUUAGGUAGACCAAUCCAAGUCAGGUUGAUCCAAGGCCUAACUAGGUGACGACUAAGAUCAGGGGUGGAGCCUGUGUUAGCUCAAGUCAGUCUUACCUAGUGGUAAAUCCUUUAUAGUCCAAGAGUUAAUUACUUGAGAAUCCAUCUAACUUUCAACUUAAAAUUUUUGAUAAGGAGAAUGAAACUAAGGAAGAUACACACUUUUGCUAUUCACAUAAAAAAUAAUUCAUCUGUUUCUAAAUAAGUGCCACAUUUGUAUAGUGUUUACUAUUUACAGUUUAAACUUUAAUUACCUUUGGUGAUUUACAUUUUAGGAAAAACAUAGUUAUGUGGAUCUUGUUAGAUUCGUCUGAAUGUGAAUUUUUUUAAUAUCAACUUUUUAUAAUUUUACUUAUUGAUAAUUGAAGAUAUUAAUGGUUAAAAUAAUACAUUGGCAAGCGUGAAAAUAAGAAGUGUUGCACUUAUUUAGAAACGGAGGAAGUAUAUAGUUAUAUCAGUAUUUGAUACUAGAAAGUGUUUAGUUGAUACUGAAAAAUGAUUGAUUGAUACUUAAUUGAGUAUGAAAAAUGCAUCUCACAACAUCAAAAAUUAUCCAAAUGGUACUAAUUCUCUUGCAAAUCCAGUCUACAUACAUAUGGGCACCAAUCAAAUUCAAGCCUAAAGAUGUUUCAAAGUCUCCCCACAGAUAAAUGCCUAUCAAACAUAUCCUGUAAAGGUAUAUGAUAGACAAUAUUCGUAAAUAAUAUUUAAUUCAAUUGAAAUAGGUAAAUGAGAAAUAUUAUUAAGUAAUUACAUAAAUUAUGUUAAAAAAGUUUUCAUACAAAUUCUAAAUUAACAUAUACUCGUUUAUUCAAUUGAAAAAAAUCAAAGAGUUUAACAACUUAACAUUAACAAACAUAAUAGAAUUAACAUAAACCGAGUUACAUUAGACCUUGUUCAUCAAACAAUAGCUAUCCUAUAUUACAAUCUCGAUCCUACACCAAUUUUGAUUUUAGAAUUCUAGAAGAUCCAAACACUGAAACACGUAUUAUAAAUUAAACUCCUCCGGUACUACCCUGAUAUGUACUAUCUUCAACAAACACAA